CCAGGGAGCGCAGGAGGCGUGUCUCGGAGAAAAGAUAUAAGCGGCCCCGGGACGCAGACCAGGUGCCAGCUGCGGAGUCUCCAUCUGGAAGAGCUGCGGCUGCCGAGAAGGAGGAGAGCGCAAAGGCCAGCCGGACCGACCGACUUGUCGACCGCCGCCUCCUCCAGCUCACGCUGCCUCCGGCUCGCGCUGCGCCACUAAGGUCAUUCCAGCUCCCAGUGAGUGCCCAGAGCCCUGAUGGAAACGGUGCAGGAGCUGAUCCCUCUGGCCAAGGAGAUGAUGGCCCAGAAGCCCAAGGGGAAGCUAGUGAAGCUGUACGUGCUGGGCAGCGUGCUGGCCCUCUUCGGCGUGGUGCUGGGCCUGGUGGAGACUGUGUGCAGUCCCUUCACGGCCGCCAGCCGUCUGCGGGACGAGGAGGCAGCCGUGGCCGAGUUGCGGGCCGCCAGAGAGCGGCAGGCUCUCCGGAAGCAAGCCCUGUUGGAGAAAGACAAGCAGCAGGAGGCCUUCCUGGGCGUCCGGGCCCUCUCCAACCGGCUACACGCCUCCUAGGAACGGUGGGAGACCGACCGGAGGUGUGGGAGAGACAAGCAACCGACGGAGAGACGGGAGGAAGCCGGAGGGAGAGCACGCACAAGCCCGACUCAGCUGGGAGACAGCAGAAGCGUGUGCUGUUUGGACCUCCUUUGGAGGAGUCACUGACAUCUAGAACUGACCUCCCACACAGAUCCACCAAAAGGAGUUUGGGAUGGAGUUUUGCUGCUGUGCAGCACUGCAUUGUGAUGACGUGUCCAAGUUUCUUUGAUUUAUCUAAAUGCAUCUACCAUUUUGCACUAAGGAGAAAAGAGAAAUGCUUUUUAUAUCAUCAUCAUCAUUAUUAUUAU